UUUAGACAAACACAAAAUAGGAAACACCCCCACAAUUUCCUACAACCAACCUGAUAAUAAUCACUUAUUUAGUACGUACCAUCUUCAAAUUCAAUUUUCAUUAUUUAAAUAAACUAAACCUACCUCUUAAAGAAAAGCCAUGAAAAUCUCCAAAGAAACAUGUUACUCUUCUUACACUAACCUCCUAUGGCCAUGCCAACCUCGUACGGAACAAAACCACAUUGUUUUCUCCAACCGCUUUCGUGUCACCUGCACUGUAAGCCUCCUACUCUUAUUCACCACCGUCUACAUUUUCUGGCCGUCGGAUCCGUAUCUCAAGAUCGUACGGCUGAAACUGAAGAAGAUUAAGGUACACCGUGUGCCGCAUAUCACCGUAGACAUCUCCAUGGUCCUCACGCUGAGAGUGCAAAACGCUGACGUGUAUUCCAUGGACUUUGGUGCGGUUGACGUGGCGGUGUCUUAUAGAGGGAAGCCACUAGGGCACGUGACGUCGGAGAAUGGUCACGUGAGAGCUAUGGGUUCUUCGUUUGUGGAUGCUGACGCGGAGUUUUCCGGCAUCGGUGUUUUGCCGGAGAUAUUGUUGUUGCUGGAGGAUUUGGCUAAGGGAACGGUGCCGUUUGAUACAGUUAGUCAAGUUAAGGGCAAAAUGGGGAUUUUCUUCUUUCACUUUCCCAUUAAGGCAAAAUUAACAUGCGAGAUAUUGGUGAGUACGAUAAAUCAAACAAUUGUUCGUCAACACUGUCUUUAUGAGUGAUGAAGAGAGAAGUGAUAACAAAGUGAAGAAGAGUCGGAAGAUGUUAUUGUUAGCUCCUUUGUAUAUAUGUAGUAUGUAUGUCCCCAAUGUUUUGUAUUUCAAUUACAUAAUAUAUGAUUAUGAUUACUGUAACAUUGAUAAAUAUCAAAUUAUGUAAAUUUUAUA